UGAAUCUUCUUGCCCUCCUACCUAUCUUAAAACCAAUUCUCUUCUUCUCCUCCUUACCCUCCCUAUCUAAGGGACUCUCCUCCCCUCCGCUCUCCGAAUCAAUGGUAACCGGGGGUGACAGUCCGUCCUGCACAUUUCGGACUUCAUACCUGGAUCAUAACAAUUUUCCCUAAAUAAACUGUCACGGAAACCAUGGAUGUGGCCUCGGGUUACCGUACGGUACCGUUGACUGACUAUCAUCAGGACCCAAUGCCCCUUGCAGACUCCACUCCGAAUGAACCACAAAUCGGAUGUCCCCAUUUCGGGUACGCUUUACCGUCCUUACGUGCCUUACACCGGCUGUAUUCUCAGCGAAGUAUUUGUGAGUGGGUGUCUCUUCCAUCCUCCACCAGCCCAUUCUCAAUCGACCUACAGAGCAGAUCCUCUCCUGCAGUAAGUAUGUUGAUCGUUGAUGCUAUGCUACUGAGCCUGCCAGACACCGCUCGAAACCGGCCUGUCGACCAUAUCUCAUGCAUUUAUUGCUCGUCCCGCAUGUCAAACAUGGGUACUCGAGUUGAAACGGCAAUGCCUGCAAGACCCCCACCCUUCCCCAUCCAUCAGCUACUGAGUAGCUGGAUAUCUACCGCAGGGCAAUUUAUGCGAUUCGAAUGACCGCGUCUGGCGGGAUGUGGGCCGAUCUGGGGCUGAAGUCUGAAUUGAAGGCUGAAAAGCCCAAGCCUCAAUUGCAUCCUUAGAGGGGGAGGAUACCCUCUUUUUCCACUGCGCGAGACGCCUUCCGCACAAAUCAUUGGUAGCGGCUGCCCACC